ACUAAUGAGGAAUUGGGUUAAAAACACCAUCAGAAAGCGCAGACCUGCCGAAGUCGAAAUAAAGACCAAAGAAGAAAUGAUCCUAUCAGAAAGAAUUAUGAAUUCAAGAAUGAGUAUUCUUCUCUCAUUCGCCAUUUUCUUCCUAUUCUUCGCAAUCCCGUUAGCACCAUGUUUAGCAAGCCCUUCUGAAUACCAAUUCCACAGUGAUAUUAAUGGAAAUGGUAAUAGUAAUAGUAAUAGUAAUAGAGAAAAUAUGCAAGCAAAGGGUGGACCAGAGGAUCUGGUGUGGGUGGUGCAGCUGUCUGAUCUCCACUUCAGUGUGCACCACCCUGAAAGGGCCCAAGAUUUCAGGGACAUUGUGGGCCCCACUCUCUCCUUCAUCAAACCUUCAUUAGUUUUCAUCACUGGUGAUCUCACUGAUGGCAAGAGCAAGGAUUUAUUAACAAUGAAACAAGAUGAAGCUGAGUGGGUUGAAUACCAGAACAUCAUGCACGACGUUGUUAAAAGGAGUGGACUUAAUAAGAGCGCCUUUUACGAUCUCAGAGGAAAUCACGAUAAUUUUGCUGUACCAGUCAUUGGUGGGCCAUUUGACUUCUUUUCAAAAUACAGCCUUCAUGGGCAGCUAAAAAGAAGUGGCAAAGUCAGUAGUAUCACUGUCGAGACAAGCAAACGGAAACUUCUUUUUGUUGGGUUUGACAGUACUAUGUCUACUGGGUUACGAGGCCCAACCAAUCUGUUUGGUCAUCCGACUGAUGAAUUAUUAACCGAAAUAAGUUCCGAACUUUCACUAUUGGAUUCUCAAUCAGCUUGGCCAGUUACCAAGAUCUCCUUUGGGCAUUUUCCUCUUUCAUUUUCUGCAGCCUCAAAUUCUGGAAAAACCCUCAAGGAUGUAUUCUUGAAAAACUCUGUAAUGGCUUACUUAUGUGGGCAUUUACACACUAGAUUCGGUAAGAAUUUAAAACGGCACCAUGAAUCAAGUCAUCAUACACUAUAUUCCAACCGAUUAUUCCAGUUGAAUGCUCAUCCAAAUCCUUCAGAAAAUACAGCCAAUUCUAAUGGUGAAAUAAUUGAAGAAUUCUGGGAAUGGGAAAUGGGUGACUGGAGGAAGAGUAGAGCGAUGCGCAUUUUGGCGAUUGAUCGUGGGCUAAUAUCAUUUGUUGAUAUCGAUUUUAAGUUGGGAGUGAAUAAAACUAUUAUACUUCCAACAUUUCCACUUGACUCACGCUUUACCACAUCAUUUCAAAACCAGAAUUGUCACACAUCAGACCCUUCUUCUUGUGGAACUGUCAGAGCUCUGGUUUUUCCUGCUUCUCCAAUUGUGUCAGUCGUGGCUAUGGUCUAUGAUACUAGUCCUGAAAAGCUAGUUGUAGUGCUGGAGACACCCAUGACAAAGCUUGCAGGAUCCCGGGGGGACCUCUAUGUUGCUCCAUUGAAUUUCAAAGCUUUUGAGGAUCCGUCUCCUGAAAGAUUUUUAUUGCAAAUACAGGCAACUGAUAUUAUGGGCAAAUCAACUUAUACUGAACGAAGGCCGUUUUCAGCAAAUGGUCAUCAUGCCAGGCUUUCAUGGAGUUGGAGAGAGUUUUUGGUUAUGGGUUGUCAAUGGGAUGCCUUGUACUACCCGAUACUAUGGUCCUUAUAUUAUUUAGCAUUCUCCAUUCUUCUCUUUCCAAAAGCAAUCCUCUCAUUUUCAAAAAAGCAGUACACAUAUAAGAAUUUUAAAGCCAAUAGAUGCGUCACCUAUGGCCUUGCUUGGAUUUUUAAGGAGUUGUAUGAAGUUCCGAUGGUAUGGUACUCUAUGGUAGGUUACAUGUUGUAUCUUGUGUUAUGUCCUUGGUUUUCUGGUCAAAUUUUGUCUGAAGGUAUAGAACGAGGAUACAUGACGUACAGAGGUUGGGUAUUGAAAAUCAAUAAAAUGGAAAAGUUAGAAUUUCUCGGAUUUCCAGAUGUAAUGGUAGUCGUUCUUCCUCAUAUUUUUUUCAUAGUUUUGCCUGCAUAUACAGUGAUCAUGGCAUUAGCAGCUGAAAAGGGAAUAUUUCAUGAUCAUCUUCUUUCUGUUUCAAGUAAGAAAAAGGAUGAUCACGGUUCAGAAAACAAGGAUUCCGCAUUGAUGAACAAUUGCAAAAAUAGAUCAGAAUUCAUUCUGUGCAGACGGUGGAUUAGGAAAAUUCUCCUGGCGAUUUCUUUGUUGAUUUGUUGGAGGCAUUUCAAGAACUGCAGAGCUCUUACAAAAGCGUACGAGAUGAAUCCAAUUAUCCAUUAUCCGGUUUAUAGCCUUGUGAUUCCACUGAUGUUGGCGUACACCAUCUACAAAACGCGAAGAACUUGAUUUGCAUUUCCAGAAAAUAGGUUGGCUUCACCAUUCAAGUAGUAGUUGUCUAGUAGCAGAACAUAGAUUUAGCAAAGUUACACACUUUUCACUUCUCAGUGUCAUUAGCUCACACUUCAACUCCAAAGAGCUUAUAUUAUACAUUGAUGCUUCUUUUAUUGAUAUAGUUUUCAAACUAUUCUUUACUA